AUGAAGCUGGCACCGUCUUCGGUCCCGGCACACCGCGCGACAGCAGUUCUAACCCGCACACCCGACCUCACUCGCGGCAUGAAAGUGCGCUCUUCAGUCAAGCCCAUGUGCGACGGCUGCAACGUCGUGAGGCGGAAGGGCAGAGUCUAUGUAAUUUGCAAGAAGAACCCGCGGCACAAGCAGGUGCGUCACUCGCCAUCCCCCUCCGUUUUUGUCUUCUCAUAA